AAAAUGUUAAAAUAUUCAGUUCUUAGAAGGCGCGUUGUUUAUAAGUAAGAUGAGGCACGUAUAAACAUACUCGAACUGCAAGCGAGUAUGGUCACAAAAGCUGUCAUAAGCUUUGCAGACUUCCAGUGAGUAUAUAGCUUUACGAGAUAUAUGCAGUAUAACUAGUGAAAAUUUUGAAUAAAAAAAUAAAUAUUAAAUUGUGUACUCUUGUGUAUACGUUAGAAUAAACGUAUUUUUAACAAUGUCUCAGGAACUAUUCUGCGUUUUUGGGUGUAACGAUAAAGAAAACCGUAUUAUUUUAUUCACAAAAGACAAACUAAAAAAGUGUAUAGAAGUAUUACAGAUCCGUAAAGCGUUACAAUUAAAAUAUUGUGAUGUUACGCUUCCUGAUACAUUAUCCAGUGUACACGGUUAUCAUCCAAAUGUUCUACAAAUUUUUUAGCAAUAAAAUCAACAUUGAAAAAUACAAAAAAAAUUGAACAAAGGCCCCAGCAACGCAACCACAUUACAUUUUUCUACUGAAUCUACAACUAGCAAGGCUACACCUGCAUUACGUGAAAUCUCAUCUGCUAAUCCAAUCGAUGCUAUGCGUGGUUUGCAAGCACGAGAACAAAGUAAGAUCGAACAGCAGAGCACACCUCUUUUUCUAAAUAGAACUGCUGGCGACACGGUUACAUUAGCGUCACCCAAAAUCUCACCUGCUGAUCAAGACGAUGAUAUGCGUGAUUUACAAGAUUUACAAGCACAUAAUAACACCGAACAACAACACAACUCUUUUUCAAAAUACACCUGCCGUCAUGCGUGUUUUACAAGAUUUACAAGCACAAAAUAACGCCGAACAGCAGAACACAACUCUUUUUCAAAAUAUACCUGCCGUCGAAUCAACAGCUCAAGAUUUUGUUGAAAAUGAGCCGAUCAGUGACGACUCAACGAGUCAAGAGAACGUAUGUUUUUUUUUUGUAAUAAAACCCGAAGAAAAGCUUAAUCAGCGAUUAGCGUCACUGCACAGUUGCAAUGCUCAAAGUUUUAUUAAUUCUUUGGAAAAAUUAGAAGUCGUAAAGAAUAACGAUAAAAUCAAUGAACUAAAAUCAAAAGCUGGUGAUAAACUACAUUUUUUACCAUAAUACAUGCAGAAUAAAUUUUAAAAAAGAACAAGGACCAACAACAAGGAAUACCGAAUGGCAUACAGUGAGAGAUUUCCAUGAAAUUUCUUAUACACAAGUUUGUUGUUUUGUGCAAGAAAAAAUAAUAGAUAAAAAAAUGUUAUUUAUUAACAUAUCUAACAGAAAUGUAUACUGAUAUAUUACGUAAUUAUUUUCUAGAAACUUUCGGAAGUUUUGAUGUCACUUUUAAAACUCAACAUCUGUUAGAUACAUUGCAGAAAACAUUCAUAAACGACAUUCACGUAAUCACAAUGAACAACAGAAGAGUUAUUUGUCCUAAAUACGGAAAUUUGGUAACUAAAGAAUCAUUGUAUGCAAUGGAAGAGCAAGAACUACUGCAGAAAGCAGCUGUUAUUAUAAGAAACGGAAUUUUAGGUAUUAAAAAAGUUAGAUUGCCGAAUAAUAUAAAAGCAAAUGAUCUUAUUGUAGGAGAAUGUACUAUUUCUGAGAGUUUAUAUGAUUUUUUAAAAAUUGUAAUGUUUGGUAUGAAUCCAAAUAAUGAUAAUUCUGAAAAUACUAGAAAAGUAAACUCUGUGGCUCAAGAUCUUA